UUUACAGUAGUUUCUGAAAUUAACUGCAGGAUAUUCAGUAAGGCUCAAAGGAGUACUGUAGCUAAUUCUCUGUAGCUGUACUGUAUACUGUACUGUAGCUAAUUCUCACUUGCUGAAAAGAAACCAGUAACAUAAGGGUUAAAAACACAGGAAGAAUUGGCUGAAUCUUCAUCACAAAUAAAAUACAGAAGAAAGAGCAGCAUGAGUACACCAGAUUCAUUAGUUUCUCAUGACUCCAGCAGUCUCCUGUCUGAAGAUCUGCUUCUGUGUCCGAUCUGUCUGGAUGUGUUUACUGAUCCAGUAACCACUCCAUGUGGACACAACUUUUGUAACAGCUGCCUUACACAGUGCUGGGGCCAGAGUCAACAUUGUCAAUGUCCAGUAUGUAAAGAGAAAUUCACCAAGAGACCUAAACUGAAGAUUAAUACAACACUGAGAGAGGUUGCAGAUCACUUCAAGAAGAAAAGAGGUUCUGACAAAUCUGAGGUUCUUUGUGAUGCCUGCAGUGGAGAGAAGAUGAAGGCCCUCGAUGACAAAUUAAUGGAAACAGAACUGAAGAGGAUUCAGCAGUAUGCAGUGGAUGUGACUCUGGAUCCUGAUACAGCUCAUCCUGAACUCAUCCUGUCUGCUGAUGGAAAACAAGUGACCCAUGGAGACAUACAACAGAAUCUCCCUGAUACACCACAGAGGUUUAAUCGUUAUAUCUUUGUUAUGGGAAAGCAGGGUUUCUCUUCAGGGAGAUUUUAUUAUGAGGUGCAGGUCAGAGGGAAAACUAACUGGGAUGUUGGAGUUGUGAGAGAGAACAUUAACAGGACGGGGAGGAUUAAACUGAAACCUCAGAAUGACUACUGGACUGUGGUACUGAGGAAUGGGAUUCGGUAUGAAGCUUGUCUUGAUCCUGAUGUCCUCCUCCCACACAGAGAGAUGGUGGAGGUGGUGGGGGUAUUUGUGGAUUAUGAGGAGGGUCUGGUCUCCUUUUAUGAUGUAAAGUCCAGAUCUCAUAUCUACUCUUUCACUGGUCAGACUUUUACUGAGAAACUCUAUCCAUUCUUAAGUCCUUGUCAAAAUGGAAGAGGUAAAAAUUCAGCACCACUGAUCAUCUCUCCUGUAUUUAAAACAGAAUGCAUUUAAACCUCACAAAUUCAAUCAUCUAUUAAAUGCUUUAAUUGAAUCCUGUAAUCCUACAGUCUCUCUCUUUUUUUUAUGAUUAUGUGACAUUAUUAUUGUGGAACUUUGUCAUUUAAAAUCACAUAAAUAAAGAUCAUUUACAGUUUACUCUGAGUUUUACUGCAGAAUUUAAUUUGAUCAAUAAAAUUUAUAAAGUUCAGCUGCUGAUGUUUGUGUAGAUAAAAACAAACAAAACUCUGUUUCUUUUUAAAACUUAAUCAAACACAGAUUCAUAUUUUAUUUAGAAAAAAAAAACGUUAAAAGGAUGGACAGCAGAGGGAGUUUCAUUAAUAUUCAUAGUGUGAGUGCUACCUGAUUGGUCAGUGCAAUGUUGUGCCUGUUUCUGGCUCUGAGCUUGGAUUUUCUUUUGAACUUGUGUGUUUACUCUUUGUGUAUAUUGAUCACUGUACAUUUUGUCUACUUGUUUCACUGAUAGGAGUGUGGCUUUUUUUUUUUAGAUUGGGUUCUUUUUUUCCCUGUUUAUGAUAUAGAGCUUGUAGGUCCCACUGAAUUGUACUUUUUCUUUCCUUUCAGGCAAGAAAGUCUUGAACUAAUAGACUCUCUCUCUCUCUCUCUCUCUCUCUCUCUCUCUCUCUCUCUCUCUCUCUCUCUCUCUCUCUCUCUCUCUCUCUCUCUCUCUCUCUCUUUUUUAUUAUAUUGGCCUGGGCCCACCCUGAGGAGACGCUAUUGUACAGAUGCUUGUGUACAACUCUAGACAGGGUUGUAAUAAUAAUUUCUCAUAUGCUCAUCUGUCUGACCCUUUGUCGUAUUUUUUUUUCAAAGAAGCAUGUGAUGCCCACUUAUACCUACUUAUCAGUGGUGUAGUCUAGUUUUUUGUAGUCAGUAUACUGUGAUUUUUUUCCCCCUCCCAGCCUCAU